AUAGUGGCCGAGCGAGCAGGUAAACAAGUAUUCUGGAUCCCGCCGUCAGGAGGUGUUUCUGGCAACUAGCGGCAACUGCUGGCGUCGGCGGGACGUUGGGACUUUAGGACCAGUGGGGAGGCAGACACCGCAAGGUCAGGACCACCAGAUACACUGAAGUGAUAGUUGAGAGAGCAGCACAAAUGAUGGUGUGGUCGUGCUUGUUGGUGGCGGCCCUGGGAGCCCUCGUGGCCUCCCACGAGGCUGUCAUUGACUCGAAUGGCGCCUUAAUUGACGAACUGCCUGUCGCCCGAGUCGUCCGUCAGAUCAACUUCCCUGGAAAUCAGAGAAACCGUCCUGGUGGAGGGGGAAGACCUCGCCCUGGUACAGGUGGGCAGAUCACAGGUCCCCCGGGUGGUGGCAGUGGCUGCAACUGUGUGCCCAUCAUCUUCUGUGCUCCAGAACUAGACCAGCUGCAACAAAUCUGUACCACGUCUGCUGGCACACCUGGAGUCUGCUGUCCUGCAAAUGCCUUGACUGCUUCAGCGCCCGCCAAGGGGACGGCGGACAACCGCAUCUUCACCAGCGCCUCUGUCUCUGUCAGUCUUCAGCCGCUCGAUCCCAAGAUGAUGGAAGCAUCUUUCCAAAAGGGACUUGAACUUAACAGUGAGAUUAAACAGCUCGAGCAGGACCUUGUCAAGAAGAAGGUGGUGCUGUCCUCGCUCUCCCCGGCUGGUCAGCACCUGCGGGUCUUCAGCAUCAGCCCUCAGGCCAAGGCUAUGGACCGUCGAGCCAGCGCCAUCAUCGAAGCCUCCACCAAUCUUGUGGGCGAUUUCAGCUUAAAUCGCCAACAAGGAGCUUUUGGGCUGAGGACCUUGGCGGUAGGCGGUACAGAUCUGCAACAAAUGUGCCCACAGAACCCCAGGUGCACCCCCAACAGCAAGUACCGUACUGCUGAUGGCUCUUGCAACAACCUGGCAAACCCAACCUGGGGCAUGAGCAACACUCCCAAUCAGAGGAUCUUAUCACCCACUUACGACGAUGGAGUGCACGAACCGCGAUCCAGGUCAGCUGAUGGAUCUCCUCUUCCCAAUCCGCGUCAAAUUAGCAACAAUGUUUUAUUAGAUGUGAACCAGCCAGAUGAGUUAUACACAUCCUCCUUAAUGCAAUGGGCACAGUUCAUCGACCAUGAAUUUGCUCAUGUUCCCUUCCCUACUCUAGAAAACGGAGAUGGAAUUGAGUGUUGCCCAAAUGGCACGAUUGCCACCGGGGCCCUCCGUCACCCUAGAUGCCUGCCCAUCGAUCUCACGGGGGACCCCUUCUACGGGCCCCUCGGCAGCACCUGCAUGAAUUUCGUCAGGAGCAUGGUAGCCGUGGGCGUGGGCUCCAACUGUGUGUUUGGCUACGCGGAGCAGCUGAACCAGUUGACGCACUGGAUAGACGCCUCCAUGGUGUACGGGUCAACGGAAGAAGAGCAACGGCCACUGAGGACCGGCCGGGACGGACUCAUGAAGGUCUCCAACAACAACCUCUUGCCCAUCAACCCCAACCAGGGAGGCAGCUGCGAGGCCCGCGUGCGUGGCGCCAAGUGCUUCAUGGCAGGGGACUCGCGCGUGAACGAGCAGCCUGGCCUGACGGCGCUCCACACGCUGCUGGUGAGGUACCACAACCUGGUGGCCAAGGACCUCAAGGCCCUCAACCCUCAGUGGUCGGACGAGGUCCUCUUCCAGGAGACCCGCAGGAUCCUCACUGCUCAGAUCCAGCAUAUUAUCUUCAACGAGUGGCUUCCCAUUGUUCUUGGAAAGGACUUCAUGAAAGGGUUUGGGCUGAGUGUGCUGAGGUCUGGCCAGAGCUCCGACUACAACCCCAGGAUCAACCCCAACAUGAACAGCGAGUUCUCCACCGCUGCCUUCAGAUUCGGCCACACUCUAGUACAAGGAACUCUCAGAUUGUUUACCCCCGCUGGAGGCGUCGACACCAUCAGAAUGCGCGAUCACUUCAACUCUCCUCAUCUCAUUGAGGUUGAGGGUCGACUAGACGACAUUACUCGAAGCCUCACACAGCUUGCCAUUCAGAAGUAUGACUCCUUUAUCACUCAGGAUUUGUCAAACCAUCUUUUCCAGACGCCCAGGUUCAACUUCGGCAUGGACCUGAUGAGCCUGAACAUCCAGCGCGGGCGAGACCACGGCAUCGCCACGUACAACGACAUGCGACAAGUCUGCGGUCUGCCUCGGGCCCGCACCUUCGAUGACAUCAAGGACCAGAUCAGUGCUGAGAACGUGCAGAAGCUGGCCAGAGUGUACAAGAGUGUUGAUGAUAUCGACUUCUUCGUGGGCGGCAUCUCCGAGCGGUCGGUCCCUGGGGCCCUCCUGGGCUGGACCUUCCUCUGUGUGGUGGGAGACCAGUUCGCUCGCCUCAAGAAAGGAGACCGAUACUUCUACGACCUCGCUGGACAGCCAGGCUCCUUCACUGAACCUCAGCUGCAGCAGAUCCGCGCGUCCUCCUGGGCCAGGAUCAUCUGCGACACUGCCAACGUUCCCGCCGUCCAGCCCCUCGCCUUCCGCCAGACCAACAGCAGAUUCAACCAGCCAGUGCCAUGCGACAGUGGGAUCAUUGCUCGCCCCAACUGGGCCCCGUGGAAGGGGGAGAGGCCGGGCGUGUAGGCUCUCCCACGGCUCCUAUCCUCUAACCAUUCCCCUACCACAUUCCUCAUUUCAAUAUAUCAGUUCAUAUUCAAGUUGUAAAAGUAUUUAAAGCAACAUUUAUGAACUUUAAAAGCAUAUGAAGCAACAUUUAGAAACAUGAAAUAUAUGAAGCAACAUUUAGAAAAGUUAAAAGUAUUUGAAGCAAUACUCAAAAACAUGAAAGUAUAUGAAGCAACAUUUAGAAAGUUUCAAAUAUUUGAAGCAACAUUUAGAAACUUUAAAAUAUUUAAGCAACAUUUAGAAGCAAAAAAGUAUUUGAAACAAUAUUUAGAGACUUGCAAAUAUCUGAAGCAAUUAAGCAAUAUUUGAAACAAUAUUUGAAGCAAAUGUCUGAAAAAAGAGCAAAAUUUCUGCAGAUUUGCUCCAAACAUUAACAGAAGUGGAAUCUAUUUCUUUUAGCUUAAAAUAAAUAUAAAUUUAUACAA